AUGGCGUACCUGCACCGAACACCACAGACGGGAGACGUCGUGCUCGGCAUCUUUGAGGAGCGCGUGGCGCAGUUGCUAGAGGAUCAGGCUCUGAUGGACUCGCUGUCAGGGGGCAUUGGUUCCGACCCCAGUACGGGCUUGGAUCUGGAUCAGAAUCUGUAUCUGAGCCUCGACACGGCCGCCCACUUAGCCCGCGCCCAGGCUUUGGCUAUUUAUCAGACGAUCCGACUGUUUGACGGGGACAUAAGGAUGGCGGCGCAGGCCGAGAUGCACAUCCGACGCUGUUCAUGUGGAUCGAGCAGGCAGAUGUGGGACAGCACCAUCAGUUCGUUUUCUUGCCGUGACAACACCCUCAAUACCACAUCCAUGGACCUCUGGAGCGGCUGGAUUUUUGUAGAGAGGGUGCGACGGAUUUGGAUCGUGACCACGACCGUCCAGCAAAUCUACCUCACCCUGAAGCACGGAUGGUACAGGUGUACCGGAGCCACCAAGUUCAACAUGCGGGAGGAGCUCUGGGAUGCCGAGUCGGCACAGCAGUGA